GCCUCGGUUAAUCAAUCAGAUGAAAAAGUAAUCAUGAUCAAAUAGGUACCUAAUGUUACCUACGUACGGAGUAAGUACAUCGUAUUCAUCACAUCUUUCAACUAAACUCUCAUCACACUAUACAUACAAAAUGGAUUUUUGUACUCCUUCCCAUCCUUCCUCACAAUCAUCCUCUUUCUCAUAUUGCCCUUUUAAAUUAUGGGUACUAACAACGAGAUAGCUUCGUCUACUUAUUCCGUAACUCGGAAGACUUCUCAUACAUCCCUCCCAUUCGAAACUGUCAUGUCCAAUCUCUAUACCUCGAUUGGACGACCUACAGACAUGAAAUGGCUUACCAUGGGCGCAAACAUUAAAUCCUUUGACGACGCCUCGAGGGAAAACUUUAUCAAGGAAGUUGAGGCAGCGGUUGGACCUGAAGGAUUCAUGAUUUUUAUUGUAUGUCUACCCUGAUCGAUUGCAUCUGCUCCAAAUUGGUUGAAUCGGCAAGCACAAAGGUAAAAGAAAACGAAAGUUAAUUGAAAAUCAAAAGGAAUUAAACCACAGCACCUGGCUCCCACUCUUUAAUGUCAACUCCAAUCCACAGCUUGGACUCAAACGUAUCAUAAUCGGCAAUCCACUAAUAGCCGUUACUAUGCUUUCUCAAUCCACCAAAUCUCUCGACGCCGGGCUGUUUGUACCCGUGGAAAUUAUGGUUCGUGAAUUACCAGACGGGGAAGGAACGGAGAUCAUAUGGCAAGUACCUAGUACUAUGAUUGCUGCUGUAGAUGAAGGCAACAGUGAAUUAUUAGCUGCAGCGGAGGUUUUAGAUAGGAAGUUGGAAGAGUUGAUUAUUGUCAUUGGCAGUCGUGCGUAAGAGCGAGGAAAUAGCUGCUGAGAUAGGGUAGCCUCAUACAUGGUACUGGCGUUAGGAAUAAAAUAUCAAUUGUCACAAAU